ACAAAUUAUUCCCAUGAACGAAAUAAAUAAAGAAUAAACUAAAACUAAAACUAUAUAAAGUAGAAAUCUUUUCAAGAACAGUUAUCAGAAUUUCUGUAGCCACUUUUCUCCUUCACAUGUUUCUUCUUUCUUCUGUUUGAUCGAAUCAUCACACUCUGAUCUCCUCUCUCCUUACUGCAACCUUUCUUGGGAAGAUAAAACAUCAAAGAAGCAAUAAUGGCGGAAAAUGUGUCUCUCGAGGAAUACCUUGCAACUGCAGUAGCUGCCGCCAAGAAAGCUGGAGAGAUAAUUCGUAAGGGAUUCUAUCUGACAAAGAAUAUUGAGCACAAAGGCCAGGUUGAUUUGGUCACCGAAACUGACAAGGCUUGUGAAGAUUUAAUAUUUAAUCAUCUCAAGGAGCAUUAUCCCUCACACAAGUUCAUUGGAGAAGAAACAACUGCUGCUUAUGGUCAUACUGAGUUAACUGAUGAACCAACAUGGAUUGUUGAUCCUCUUGAUGGAACAACUAACUUUGUUCAUGGGUUUCCUUUUGUGUGUGUUUCUAUUGGUUUGACCAUUGGAAAGGUUCCCACAGUUGGAGUUGUCUACAAUCCAAUCAUUGAUGAGCUUUUUACUGGAAUUCGAGGAAAAGGUGCCUUUCUUAAUUGUAGGCCUAUAAAAGUAUCCUCUCAAGAUGAAUUGUUGAAGUCUCUUCUUGCAACUGAGGUAGGAACCAAACGUGACAAGUUGACUGUAGAUGCUACCACAGAUAGAAUUAAUCGUUUACUUUUAAAGGUGAGAUCAGUCCGGAUGAGUGGUUCCUGUGCACUGAACCUCUGUGGAGUAGCAUGUGGAAGGAUCGAUAUAUUUUUCGAAACCGGUUUUGGAGGCCCAUGGGAUGUUGCUGGCGGUGCCGUGAUUGUUACAGAAGCUGGUGGACUCGUGUUUGAUCCCUCUGGAAAGGAUUUUGACAUAACAUCUCAGAGAGUGGCAGCUUCCAACCCUCUUAUAAAGGAUGCGUUCGUUGAGGUUUUGAAGCUGUAAGAAUGUGAUGAAGACUUGGGAAAAUUCAUGAGAUCUUGAACAUUUUAUAUGUUGGAUUUCUUUUUCUUCUCUUUUCAUUGCUUCUACUAUUCAAGUAGGAUGUGGAUGUGAUACUAAAUUAUUAAUAUCACUGAUUCUUGAUGAUUAUUCACUCA